UCUCUUUGAAACAACACACGUGCGGGUCGUUAAUCGCUUCUUAUUUUGAUAUCACAGUGUGAAACAACAGUUUUCUGCGUCAUCUAAAGAGGAGAGGUUUUAUGGCUUGUUUGAAAGGUGCCACGAAAGGGGAAAAAACAACUUUGAUCUCUUAAAUGUUUAUUACAGUGGGGGAAGGUUCUUUCGGUCUCAAGUUGUCUUUUUGCUCGUGCGUAAACUGUGCCUAAGGAUCAAAGGCACCAAAUGGCACAGUGCGCAAAGUCUUGAGUUCCCUGAAAUGCUUUGAGAAAUAACUGGAAAAGCGUAAUCUACACAAAAUGUUCUUUCUUGAUCAGUGUUAAUAUCAAUAAUUAUCCAAUACAGAUACAUAACAGAGAUAUUCUGUAUUUGAAUUGUUGAUGGAAAAACAAGGUAUCCAAAUGCAACAUUUCCCUGAGUACAAGUCACUAUCUAUAAAAAAAAUAUUGAGGGAAUUUACACUGCAGGCUAUAUUCAGAACGACAAAUAUCAAACUGCUGCAAAUAAUAUAAAGAAACGUACCUUAUAAGGGGAAAAACUAAAAAACAUUUUACGCACCACUCCAUCUUAUGCCAUGGAGGAAGUUGGUCCUUUUGCAGUUCUAUAAAAAGAGAAAACAUGAGGUAAGGUGAUUUUUUUUCCAACCCCAACUGGAUAAGCGGUCAUGCAAAUCUCACGACGUGUAGCCAGCGACACCAGUCUCUUUGUCGAAGUAAUUCAUUUCGACCCUAAACUCUGUGCCCAUUAUUCUAAAUUAAUGGAUUCAUUCAGGCGCAGUUAACCUCCCGCGGCGAGUGCACUUCCUCAGGAGAUCAGCGCCGAGCUCAUUCUCCUCACACUGUUUUACACCUCUCAACUAUACAAGUUACUUAUCAGUGAAAUCUAUAUUUCCCGCAACAGCAUACUCCCCGGUCGGCAAGUGUGGAACUUUUUUUUCUCUUCAAAAGGCUGGAUUUAGUUUAUCUGAGCCUUUAUUGCCAGACGUGGAGACAAUGGGCUCGGAUGAAAUCUACAGUCGGGGUUCACACCUUGUUAACGCCGCCAUUAGUCUCCCUUUACAUUGGCUGAUUGGUGAUUUACAUUUGCGACCAAAUAGCAUCUUUACUGCUGUUUACCGAGGCCCUCGGGGGCCACUGGGGAGCCAACGGGGGCAUUUGAUAUAAAAAGUCCAGCUCCCAGGAGCCCGACAGUCACUCCGACUUCAAGUUGCUGGCCGGCCGUGCGCUUUUCCCUGAGGACGCCGAUUGCGCAGCAGCUCCACCCACGCACUCGGAGAUGUCGAUGUUCGUGCUCAGCCUCGCCGCCCUGGUGUGCGCGGUGGCUGCGCGGCCUUCGCUCAACCACCUGGAGAACGAGUCGCAGGAGGUCCGCUCGGCCGCCAUCAAGAGACUGCUGGAGGUUUUUGGGAUGGAGGACCCGCCCGCCAUGCACGGACACAAGCAGGCGCCUCAGUACAUGCUGGACCUGUACAACACGGUGGCCGAUGUGGAUGGUGUGACCAAGGACCCGUACCUGCUGGAGGGGAAUACCGUGCGCAGUUUCUUUGACAAAUUGAGAAGCGAGCAGGUGGAGUUCAGGUUCAACCUGUCCAUGGUUGCCAGAAGUGAGAAGAUUCUAACUGCAGAGCUGCAUCUUUUCAAGCUGCGACCUCAGGCGACAUCCACGUUCAACAGGCACCACUUCUGCCAAGUUAGUGUGUAUCAGCUGCUUGACACCACCAAAACCAACAGCAGCCAGGGCAGGAAGCUGCUGUCUUCUCGACUCAUCCCAGUCCACUCCACUGGUUGGGAGGUGUUCACCAUCACACAAGCUGUUCGCUCGUGGAUGGUGGACGAGGGCAGCAACCUGGGCCUCCACGUGGUGGUUCAGACCCUGGGUGGAAGCCAGGUGGAUCUGAAACUCAUCCGCUUUGCCUCCGGACGCAACCACCACCAGAGCAAGCAGCCCAUGUUGGUUCUCUUCACCGACGACGGCCGCCGCUCCACCACCCUCGAGAAUGCAGACCCAAACGAUACUGAAGCCACCCCCAGCCUGCCCCUGGCCCCCAUGUCGGGUCCACCCUCCCGCAGCGCCCGCUCCCUGGACUACAGCGAGGAGGACGGCAUGUCCACGUCCUGCCAGCGCCUGCCUCUCUACGUCGACUUCGAGGAGAUCGGCUGGUCGGGCUGGAUCGUCUCUCCCAGGGGUUACAACGCGUACCACUGCAAGGGCUCCUGCCCCUUCCCCCUGGGUCAGAACAUGAGGCCAACCAACCACGCCACCGUCCAGUCCAUCAUCAACGCCCUGAAGCUGAUGAAAGGCAUCGAGACGCCGUGCUGCGUGCCAGACAAGCUCUUCUCCAUCAACCUGCUCUACUUCGACGAAGAUGAGAAUGUGGUGCUGAAGCAGUACAAUGACAUGGUGGCUGGAAGCUGUGGUUGUCACUGACGUCGCGUCGUCACUGGCGGUGGGCGGCACAUACAGUAUAUUCCUUAAAGAAAUACAAUGUAAAUGGAGUUUGGGGACAUAGACGCAUUUCCGCCCCUUUCCAACUCAAUUGCACCCGAUGAGUAAUGUGCUGUGUCUCACGCGUGACAUUGUAAAAUAUGUAAAUAUCCAUAAAUUAUAAUAUAUGGCAGUGAUUGAGGUGAAUUCCUGUGAAAGAUGUAAAUGUGUAUAUUUUAUGUUUUCUGUUGUGAAGGAUUAUACAGUC